AUGGAAGGGGGACUGAAGGACGAAGUGCAGAGGACACGGGCGGAGAGGGAAGUUUUGCGACGGGAGCACGAUGGCGCGAGGACGGAAUGGGAGAAAGAUAAAGAUGCGCUGCAGAAGGAGAUUAGGAAUUUGAAGGAGAAGUCUCGGGAAGUGGUCUCGACUGAAGAGGGUAAAGAACUGAGGGGCCAGCUCAAGAGGGUCAAUAGCGAUAAUUGGAGCUUGCGGAGUCGUCUGGCGCAGAUUCAGGCUGUAUUGGCUAAGCCCUCGACCACGACUUCCUCCACCCUUCUCGUUGAAACAGGAGCUGCUGCAACCAAGAACGAAGACGUCAAGCCUACCGAUCACCAAGAGCUAACUGCGUCAGCGGCCGUGGGCACUUCUUCUGCUAAAGUCUCGUCGCACUCUCAGCGAGCACAUUCAGAAGACGCAGACGUUAUAGACCUCACGCACCUCGAGGAUUCUCCUAGAUCUAAGCGCAAGCGGCUGAAUAGUCUGUCGAGAGAGGCCUGGUUAACCUCUCAAAGUGUCUCCGCCAAACGGCAGAAGACCUAUCCACAUGGCCGCGUUGAUAAGACUCCAGAAUUUAUCCAAGGCAGCUCUCAGGAUAUGCUGAAGCCCAGCCACCAACCCGCAGAUCGUGCCGCACUGUCGAAUGAGCUCCACGUCCAUAGGCUUCCUACAGCACACGGACAGCUGCACGGCAUUUCCCCACGAGAUGAACCAGUGGCGCACGCCCAUCGUCUCGACGGAAGUUCCGACCUGCGUACGCUAACUAACUCAAAGAGUGAGGGCUCGAAACCUUCAUCUCUCUGGACAACGGCUGCGCUCUCCUCUUCAGUGGCCUUUCAAGCAAUACUCAAUGACAUCACGCCCGAUCUUCCAUCAUCUUCGAAGGUACAUGUCGUGUCUAUUUAA